UGUAAGAACAGAAUUCGACGUUUUUCUUGCGAAUGAAUUCAAGAGUUGAGCCCCAGCGCGCGAAACGUCAGUUGGCAACGGCGGUCGGUGUUCGUACUAUUCGCUAUUCGUGGCUUCCGGCUGUCUACAGCACGUACGGCGGGUCAGCCAGGUGUGCGGAGUGCGGAGGCGCGUUAAAUUGUGUCUUGCGAGAUUGGACGGUUGAACGUUGUUGUCGUCGUCGUUGUCGCGCGCGCGCGGGAUCGCCGCGUUAUCUUUGUUAUGAGAUUAUCAAGACGUGCCAAGAUUGCCGGGAAACCACUCGCCGCGCGGUUACGUUACGCGAUCAUACCGGAUCAUCGGCCGAUUGGCGGUACCGAUAAAGUCCGCGGCCUGACCGUCCCGGUGCUGGUGUCACUUGGCGUACGUCGCGCCUGAGAGCGGGUGAACGAGCGAGCGAGAGGGAGAGCGUACGGAAUCGUCCGUGCGCGCGUCCGCGACGCCGAUCUUCGCGGCGCGUCGAGAAAGCGAAGGAAGAGAAGAAGGAGGAGCGAAAGAGGAAGGAAAAGUGGAUCGUCGCGGUCGUCGUCGUUGCCGUCGCCGUCAUCGAAAUGCCGCUGCUACGCAAGCAACCGUUCCAACGGCUUCACGUCUCCUCGGACUUCAGGGAUGACGACGAGGUGUACCACUGUGAGGUUACGAACGAGAUAUUCAAGAACUACAAUGAAUUUUGUGAGCGAAUUAUUUUAUGCAACUCCCUUAUAUGGUCAUGCAGUAUCACAGGUAAGACUAAUAUGACAUUUGAGGAAGCUGUGCAAUGCGAAGAAAAUGCGAAGAGGAGCUUGAAAGAAUUUCCAAUGGAGUUGCGAAUUCCUAUAUUGUAUCUUGCCAGUAAAACAAAUAGGUCUUCUUUCAAUGAGAUGAUCGAAGAUGUUUAUCAGUUUGCAAGAGAUCGCUACUUUGUAGGAGAAAUGGUAGAGGCUAGCUUUACUGAAGACGCAUGGUGUAAUUGCCACGUUCUUCAAGUCAUUGUACCUACAGAACAGCAAAUUAAGACGUAUAUGAAUGAAAAUGGCAGAAGUCUACAGGAACAUUAUUAUCAUCCACCAGCGAAAUUAUUUCGUUACGAGGUAGAACAAUUAGAUUCUGGCGAUUCUGAUGUCAGUCAGAUUAUGAUAGUGGAAGCAGCUCAAGUCAGAAGACGAAAGCAACAUUACAGUAGAGAUCGUAAUAAGAUAUUUCUUCGUCAACUGUGCGAACAAAACGAGAAAGGCAUAUGGGUUGUCAAGGAAAAUGUUUUGGAAAAGUAUGGGAUUAACAAAGUACGUUUUGAUACCAUUUUUGCUGGAACACUCCCAGAUUUUACAGUGCGCAUUAAAAAAUCCAUCAAGCAAAAACAAGAAUCCAUGGAUAAAUUUCUCACCACAAAUGUUUCGAAGCAUAAAGCACUCGAUAAAGCAGCGGAUCCUUUGAAAAAGGUGAAUAACACUGGCGCAGUGAAGAAAUUUCGGAAACCAAGAAUGAAUGGUAAGUUUAAAGAGGAACUUAAAGCGAAAGCUUUAGAAGAAAAAGCGAAGCGUAAAGAGGAAAGGGCAUUAAAAAGCGAGCAUAAAAAAGAGAAGAAACAAAAGUUAGCAGCUUUAGCUGCAUAUAUGAAACAAUGGAACAAACCGAGAGAAGAUCUUGAAUGUGAAGAUCUCAAACCUAUUCCAGAACCUACCGUUAUUAAAUGUAACAUACCAAAUGAAAAGUUUGGAGACUUUGCAAUGAUAUUGGAAUUUCUUGAUUUUUUUAAUGAAGAACUGGAGGUUUCCGUCUACUUUCCGGGUGGUUUUAAUUUGGAAUUGGUAGAGAAAGCAUUAUUGACCAAAGAAGCAUCUGGUCCUUGGAGUGAUCUUUUACAACUUUUAUUAUCAAAUAUAUUUAAAUAUCAAGCUGAAGAGGACAAUGAAAUUGGUGCGGAAGCGCCUAAUUUGUUGAAGGACAUUAGUGCUUACGAAGAUGCAUCAUCAAUGGCAAAAAUUAUUAAACUCGCUACACUAGCUUCUAGAUGGUGUUCAACUUAUCAGGGAUGUAAAUUAUCGGAACUUACAUUAGACCACGUAACUUUGAGUGAAAUUUUGAGACAACAUUUAUUAGGUUCUGGAGGACGUAUAAGUGAAGCUGCUUCAAAAUGGCGAUAUUCUCAAAAGGGUGGCUAUACAAAUUUUGAUGAACCAGCGCUUCUUUUAAGACUAACUGAUGCCCCCCUUUUGCGAUUGUUGGGCCAUCGAAAUGUUUGCGAACUUGAUUUAGAUGACAAAAUAAAAAUCGUUACAUGUUUGAUCAAUCAGUUACUUACGUUUGCAUCGAUUCGCGAUGCAAUCGAGGAGCGAUAUGAAAAAUUGCAUCAAGCAAAAAGAGAAUUAAAACUAUUCUUGCUUGCUGAACAAAAGAAGGAAAAGGAAGAGAAAGAAAAAAUGCGAGAACGCGAGAAGGAAGGAAAACUCGAAGAAGAAGAAACGAAACCGAAAAAGAUUACGCGUGGUAAUUACGAGGAAGAAAAGAAAAAAGAAGAAUAUGAAAAUAAACUGAAAGAACUGCAGCUGGCGGCAAGUGAUGACAAAAUGAUGAUUUAUUUAGGUUCAGAUAGAGCUCAUCGAAGAUACUGGAGAUUUAGAUCUAUACCAGGAUUAUUUGUCGAAAAUGACGAACGUUGGCCUGGAAAUUGUCUUCCUGAAGGUACCCCACAUCAUCCAGAGUUGCAAGACAAGGAAGCAACAUAUGCAUACAUAAAAAAUAAAUUUGAAGAUGAGUUCAGUGACAAAGAAAAUAGUUUCAAAAAAUUAAAGAAAACCCCCAAGAAGCUUUUAUCCUCUGAUAAAAAUGGUAUCAAAUCGCCACGGAAAGAAACAAGUCCCCGAAAAGAAUUUAAACAGGAUCUUACCAACAUUAAAAGAAAUUUAGUACUGUGUACAGGAGACAAAGAUUGUCCUGUUCAUUGCAAAAGAUCAACAGUAAAGUGGAGCUUUUAUGGAAGUUUAGCACCAGAGGAUUUUCAAGCACUAAUAAAUAGCUUAAGUACAAGGGGUGUUAGGGAGAGUGAGCUUAGAAAUAAUCUUUUACAAGAGAUGAAAGAUUUGCUUGUCGUAAUUGAUGAAUGUCCUAAACACAGGCUAAAUUCUGAAGUUUUUUCAGACUCCAAUAGAAUGCAAUAUAAUAAGGUGGUUAAGAAAAAUAAAUAUGAAAAUUCGAACUUGAGUUUUCCUUCUGAUGUGUCGAUUGACGAUGUAAUGGAAUUGACUUUGAGAGAUCACAUUUUGGAUUUUGAAGACAAAAUUAACGCAGGUUGUCUGGGAAACCUUAAGAUUAUCGAUCGUACCGCUUGGAGGAACGCAAUUAAUCAAAGAAGUUAUGACAAACAGUGCGACAAAUUGAUGUGUGCUGGUAGUGAAGUAGACAUAGAUACACCUUCUAAUGUCCUGAUAGACAAGAUAAGGAAUGAAUCUAAACACAGUAGACCCGGUACCCCUGAUUCUGAAGUUGGAAGUAUUAGCAUAAAUACUUACAAAGAUCCUGGCAUGUACUUAGGUUUACCCAGUGACGAUGAAAUGGUGCCUGAUCAAAAACAACAGGCGACUAUUAAACAAUUAGCUUGCUCCAUUUUGCAAUUGUCCCAUGCCAUAGAACAAAGGUAUUUACAAAGACCGUUGGGACCUGAUCAAAAAGGCAAGAAAUGGUCGGGCGAGGAGGUACGAGAGAGAUGGGAACAAUCGUUAAUAGCAUCUACAAACUGGUCCCAGUUAUUCGUUCACUUGAGUACCUUGCAUAAUAGCGUCGCGUGGCACAAAAGUGCGUUAAAUGCUCAGUGUCGUAUUUGCCGAAAACGUAAGGAUGCGGAGAACAUGUUGCUUUGUGACGGGUGCAAUAGGGGACACCAUCUUUAUUGUCUAAAACCGAAACUUACUGCUGUACCAUCGGGAGAUUGGUUUUGUACAGCGUGCAAACCACCAGAGAUAAAACCCAAAGAAAAAACUCGAAAACGGAAAGGAUUUGAAGAUGAGAUCGAGGAUGAACCGAUAUUGACCAAAGAGACGCGACACAAUCGUGCGAAACGUGUAGCACCCAGUGACGAUGAAGGCGAGCAAGACGACGAUCAAGAAGACGAGGAAAGUGAAGAAGAUAUAAACAUACAACUAGAUAACUUAUGCGCGUCAUGUAAAAACGGUGGAAAAUUGAUUGCUUGCAAUACAUGUCCAAAUCGUUACCAUUUGGAAUGCGUGGAACCGCCGUUGUCAAGAGCUCCUAGAGGAAGAUGGUCUUGUACCAAGUGCAAGGCUAAAAGAAGGAGCGCAACAAAAGUGAGGGGGCGUGAAAGGGAAAGAGACAAGGAGAGGCUGUGCGCAGCAGCAGCACGCUCUCGCAUCCAUGGCUUUGCCAAGAGCCUCCUCACUACAGAAUCUACAGACUGGGACGACAGCAGCGCGUCGGAUGACACCGAACCGAGACAAACGCGACGUGCGACGAAGAGAGCCGCCGAGAUCGAACAUGAAGGGGAUAAGAAUUCAAUAAAGGGUUCUAUGACUAAACUGCAAGAAUUAUUGAAUGAUAUUAGGCAUCACAGAGAUUCGUGGCCGUUUUUGUCGCCCGUUACGAAAGACGAAGUUCCAGAUUAUCACGAUAUUAUCUCUAAUCCGAUGGACUUUGGAACUAUCAAGCAUAAGCUUGGUAAUGGCGACUACGAAACAGUAAAUAAAUUCUUUAGCGAUUGCCAAUUGGUCUUUGACAAUUGCGGUUUGUACAACAAGGAACAUAGUUCUGUGUACAAUUACGUGUACAGUGCAGGUAUGCGGUUACGCAAGUACAUCGAGAAACGCUGCAAGGAGUUAGGCUUGAAUUUCGAUGAGGCAUCUUCUCAAGAGGAGAGCAAGAUCAAGAGGCCUCGAUUGGAAAUUGUCGAUGAAAACGACACGUCGGAAAGCGAGGACGACGAAAGGGAAACGCGAAAGAAAAGAUAGAAUAAAGAAGAUUAGAUAUAUAUUAUAUAUUUGAUUACGAUGCAUACUCACGUGAAAAAUUCAAGUCUAGAGCCACUCAUAUUUUAUAUAUUUUCAACUCACCAUUUACGUGGACUUGUAUACCGAUUAUUAAGCGGUCGAGAGAUUCUGUGUGUAGCUCAAGACAUUUGUAUAAAUUAUAUACUUUGACUCUUUCGAUAGAGUAAUAUAAAAUUAUACUGACAAUUCAUAUGGAAUAUAGUACAAUGAGAAAUUAUUCUUCAAAAUUUGUUAUAAAAAUAUACGGAAAAAAUUUCUGUCGACUUCUUCGAGACAUGUAAUAAAGACAUACGCAGUAUUAUUUACAGAAAAAGCAUAUACAUAGCUGCUAUAUUUUAGAUAUAUAUCAUUCAUGCAUAGAGCAUUUUCAAAAUGACAUACAGUCAGUUCCGUUUGCUUCAAUCAGUACAAGAAUAGCACUAAUUUUUUUCGAUAAUAUAAUCAAGAGAUACUAAAUAUAUUCUCUCAUUGAUAAUUAUUUAUUUAAUAUUAUUUGCGGCAAGUUGUAUACUUAUUGCCGUAAUUAUAUUAAGGAUCGUUAAUUGUAAGUGGCAAGUUACACUAUAAAUUUUGCUUUCUUCAAGAUCGUUUGUCUACGCGAGCUUUAAUAAUAGAAUACUAGCACGCCUUUAAAAAAGAAAAGAAAAGAAAAAACCACAUAAGUUAUAUGUUCAUAAAAAUUUACGUUUGUAGAUCCAGACAAUAAAAUUGGAUACUUUUGUA